AUGUCAGCAGACGCAGCUCCUUCAAUAAAACGUCUUGAUGAAGUCGUGGUCAACAGAAUAGCAGCUGGAGAAGUUAUUCAGAGACCAGCAAAUGCUCUGAAAGAGAUGAUAGAAAACAGCCUUGAUGCAGGAGCCACAAAUAUACAAGUCACAGUGAAACAAGGUGGGCUGAAGAUGUUGCAGAUUCAAGACAAUGGCUGUGGAAUUAGGAAAGAAGACAUGGACAUUGUGUGUGAACGUUAUACUACUAGUAAACUACGGCAGUUUGAGGAUCUCAACAGCAUCAGCACUUACGGCUUUCGUGGGGAAGCUCUGGCAAGCAUAAGUCAUGUUGCCCAUGUCACAAUUACCACAAGGACAUCAUCGUCAAAGUGUGCCUUUAGGGGAACCUACUCUGAUGGUAAAUUAAAAGAGCCGGUGAAACCAACUGCAGGAAAUAUAGGAACACAAAUCACAGUAGAAGAUUUGUUUUACAAUGUAGCAACCAGACGUAAAGCACUGCGCAGUCCAGCAGAUGAACAUUCCAAAGUUGUAGAUGUUGUCAGCAAAUAUGCUAUUCACAACAGCAAAGUUGGUUUCACUCUGAAAAAGCAAGGUGAAAGUAUGACCGAUGUACGGACACCCCCAGAUUCGUCAUGUGUGGACAAUAUCAGAGUUAUAUAUGGUGUGGCAGUCAGCAGAGAAUUAUUAGAAGUAAAACAUGAAGACAGCAAGCUUGGUUUCUCAAUGUUGGCUUUGGUGAGUAAUGCAAAUUACUCAGUGAAGAAAUCAACAUUUUUGCUUUUCAUCAAUCACAGACUUGUAGAUUCCACAAGCAUACGAAAAGCUUUAGACACAGUGUACCAAUCCUACCUUCCUAAAGGUACUCACCCAUUCAUUUAUUUAAGCCUGGAAAUUUCUCCACAAAAUGUUGAUGUUAAUGUCCACCCUACCAAGCAUGAGGUCCACUUCCUCCAUGAAGAUGCUAUCAUUUCCUCAAUUCAAGCAGCAGUGGAAGCCAAGCUACUGGGGUCCAACUCGUCCAGGACUUUCUUCACUCAGGCAAUGCUGCCAGGCCCAGCUCAAGAUGAACUACCCAGCAAACAGAAUAAAAAAGAUGGAAGUGAACCAGUCAGAGCUCAAGACAUGGUUCGAACAGACAGCAGAGAACAGAAGCUAGAUGCUUUCUUGGGUCAACCUGUUUCAGUACAUUCAACUAAGACACCUCAACAGAACUCGGGAAAUAGUGAUGGAAAAGAUGGAAUAGACAGCACAAACAUAGUUGGUAAUGCAAGGAAAAUCAAAGGUGCAGCCUCAAGUAAAGACACCGAGGGUGCAACUAACAAGGACAGUAACAGUGGUACUGGACUUAAAGUGAAACGAAGGGAGAUUAAAUUAACUAGUAUUCUGACGCUGAAACAGGAGGUUAAGGACAGUGCCAGUGAUA